UGUUUUCAGAUAACUCGGUCUCCCUGUAGGACGGUCCAUUUCCUUCAAAGUUCCAAGUCCGGGCCUGUGUUCUGUAUCGUCGUAUUUCGUACUUUUUUUUGACUUUUCAAAAACUUCAAUUCCGACGGGGCAAUCUUCAGUUUUCAUCUCCUACUUCAACCAAAAAGGACGAAAUGGAAGAUUUCGGUGAUCGUUUCGACGAGAGUGAGGUGGAUCCGGCGGCGGAAUUCUUGGCCAGGGAGCAAAAUCAACUGGCAGGGCUUGAAGACGAACUUAGACCGGCCACCGUCAUAAAUGGUCCAGAUGGUGAUUUAGGUCAAAUAGUAAAUGCUGAUGGAAUUAAUUCUGUAGGUCAACCAGAACUCAAUGGUCCAAUGAAUGGAGGAGGCGAUUCAGAGAGAUCAGCAUUGUAUGCAGAAGACGAUAUUAGGACCACGAGUCCCACUCCGGUCAAACAACCUCCAAGGGAAGAACCUGAAAAAAUUAAAAAAUGGAGGGAGGACCAGAAAAAAAUGCUGGAAGAAAAAGAUCGAAAUGAAGAAAUUAAAAAAGAAGAAUGGCGUGAAUCGGCAAAAAAAGAGCUUGAAGAUUGGUAUAAGCAUCAAGAAGAUUUGCUUGCAAAGACAAGAUCUGCAAACAGGAAUGCCGAGAAGCAAUUUGUAGCAGAUGCCGGUGCUAUAGAACCAGGAACAGAAUGGGAAAGAAUCGCUAAAUUAUGUGAUUUCAAUCCGAAAUCCAGUCGUACAAGUAAAGACGUUUCACGUAUGCGUUCUAUUAUAUUACAGCUCAAGCAGACAUCGAUUACAAAACAGGCCUAAAAGAAAAUGUGAUUUAUUACUGUCCUCUGAAACAUUAAACAGAGAAAUUUGAUAAGAUUAUUUACAAAAAAUUAAAUAAAAAUUACAUUAAUAAAAAGAAAAAGGGGCCAUUGUUGAAAAUAAAUAACUUUUUUUCUGCCGCUCCAAAUAAAUCUUUUACAGUAAAUAAAUGAAUUUAAAAGUAAACGUUUUAUAAAUAUAAAUAAAGUAUCCUUACGACAAAUUAGCGAAGAAAUAGAAUUUAGGUUUGCUGAAACUGCAAAAGUAUUGUCCUACUAUAAUAGUAGUUAAAAAAAAGAAGGAAAAAAAGAGAUGCAAGUGUUUAGAAGCGAAAAGUGUAACUGUUGAUAUCCUAACUACUCAAGCUGAAUAUAGCAUCUUCAUUUAUUUUACAUUUUAAUGUAAAUAAGUAUUAUCAAAUAAAUAAUUAUCACUGAAAGCAUAAUUUAUCGGUUCGUAAACAAAUAUUAUUAAAAAAGGAAAGAAAAAUUAUUUGUUAUUACAUAUUAUAUAUAUAUAAUAUAUACAUAUAUAUUCCACGUUAAAAAAUGUUAGCUAUUAUUAAUGAUCAAUCCAUAUUUCUGUGUUAUUUAUAAUUUGUUUUGAAGGCUUAUCGUAUGUAUAUAUUAUUAUUUUUAUUUAACAGUUUUAACAGGAUCAAAUUAAUAUGUAUAAGUUUUGUAUUGAAUAUUGUACUUUAUUAGAAAUUGCUAUUUAUUUUUACAUUGUAACAGAAUUUAUUCAGUCUGAAUUAGUUAACUCAUAAAUUCCAAAUUAAAUUACAUUUUACUUAACAGAUUAAAUAACAAUUAUAUUAAACUCAAUAUGAACACGUUUUCAAUGUAGAUAAAUUUAUAGUUUUAUUUUAUUAUUUAAUGAAAAGAACAGAAUAUAUAUCUUUUUUUUUCUAAGUUGGUUACCUAUUUCUAAUGUUGGUACUAUAUUAUCAUUUAAUCAUAAUUGUACCUUUACAUGAUUUAUUUUUAUUAUUUGGAAUGUAAUCUCACAAAUAAAUAUUCAUUAUUUA